CUUUACUGCAGAAGAACUACAUUCGGUUCAUUUUAUUACUUUGGCUUAUAUUUUUAUUUAAACCAGUCUUAUUGAAAAAUUCGUAGACCCGACUGAAUUAUUGGAUUUCCGGGAUUACCGGAAAUAAAAGUUUUUGUGGUGAAUUUCUGCGAAUAAUUCCUAUUUUUCAACGAUAUGCAAUCAUGCCAGAAGCAAUUUCUGUUGCAGACAUCAUUGAACAGACAUGGGAAGAUUACAAGUCCCCGACUACAUCUACUUUUGAUAAGAAGAUGACAAAAUGUCGGAAUUCAGUUGCCCAACUUGAGGAAGAACUAGAUACAGACAGAAGUGAGCUUACAAAGUUAAAGAAGUCAGUGAGGGCUCUCUAUAACUCAACCAAUA